AUGGCUGAAAAAUAUGACAUUGUUGUUGUCGGCGCCGGUAAGAAAAAUAUCCACCUCGAACAUGUCUCUUUCUUGUCUGAUGUGUUCCUUGUAGGCUGGUUCGGGCUCGCCGCUGCCAAAGCAUAUCUGGAGAUGUACCCUGGCGAGAAGAUGGCCGUUUUCGAGAGCGCGGACACGUGUGGCGGCACCUGGGGAAAGGCUCGACUGUAUCCUGGAUUGAAGUCCAACAACAUGAUUGGUACAUACGAGUAUCCUGACUUCCCCAUGUCUGAGGAUGUCUACGGCGUAAAGCCCUUCCAACACAUUCCUGGGACGGUCUUGCACCGAUAUCUCACCGACUACGCCAAACAUUUUGGUGUAUUCGACAGAGUCCAAUUCAACACCGUGGUCGAGAAUAUCAAACCAAGUGCGACAGAUGGCUGGACACUUUCCCUUCGCGGACCCAAAGGGCCGCGAACUCUGGAGACUGCGAAAUUGAUCUUAGCGACGGGACUGACUUCAUCUCCCAAUAUGCCUCAAUAUACUGGCGCCGAAUCAUUCGGAGCACCGUUAUUCCACGCCAAAGACUUUUGCAAACAAGCACCUCACCUCGGUAAGGUAAAUAAUGCAGUGGUCGUGGGCGGUGCUAAAUCGGCUUUUGACGUCGCAUAUGCCAUGGUUGAGGACGGCGCAACUGUCGAUCUGGUGGUCCGACCAGAUGGUCAUGGUCCAGUGUGGAUUGCUCCCAUGUUUGUUACACCAUUCAAAAAGCGACUCGAUCAAUUAUUGCACCUUCGAUGGAUGACGUGGUUCAGUCCCUGUCCUUGGGGAGGAGAAGAUGGCUAUCCAAACAUCCGGAACUUCUUACACGGAACAUUCAUUGGACGAUGGCUGGUCAACACAUUCUGGAAAGUCCUUAGCAACGACGUACUCACACUCAACGGUUAUGACAAUCACCCGGAACUCAAGAAACUCAAACCCUGGCACUCGGCUUUCUGGAUCGGUUCGGGGUUGAGCAUUCAAAACUAUGACACGUCCCUCUUCGACAUGGUGCGACAAGGCAAGAUACGAGUGCACGUCGAGAACAUUGAUCAUCUAGAACCCAAGACAGUCGUCCUGACCUCUGGCAAGAAGCUUGAAACCGAUGUGAUCGUGUGCUCAACCGGCUGGAAAAAAGAAUCAGGCCUCAGGUUCGAUGGAUUGGACGAAUACGCACUUGGUUUGAAGUACAGCAAAUCUGAGAAGGAGAUGCUCAACAAAGAAGCAGACGAGAAGGUGCUCAAGAUGUUCCCUCGCCUCCGAAACCAACCGCAACUUAACUGCGAGCCGAAGAAGGGCGACCCUUUGAGACUAUACCGGUUCAUGGUUCCACCGACAAUGAUGGGUGCAAAGAAUAUUGCAUUCGCUGGUAUGGUCUCGACUGUGAGCACAUCCAUCUGCGCAAGUGUUCAAGGGUUGUGGAUCUCACUGUUCUUGCAUGGCAAAAUCGACCGGUUAGCACAGUCUGAUCAAGAGGUCACAGAGGAAGUCAUGUUGCAUACGCAGUGGGGUAAAUGGCGAUAUCCUUGCGGAUAUGGAGCCACGCUACCUGAUUUCGUGUUUGAAGCGCUGCCUUACAUGGACCUACUGCUGGGGGAUAUGAAGCUGAAGAAUCAUAGAAAGGAUUCGUGGUUGGCGGAGAUCACGACGCCAUAUUCUCCCAGAGAUUUUAAGGGUUUACUCGGUGAGUGGAAGCAAGGCCAUGCGAAGUCAUAG